CACGUGAACGCAAGAGGCGGGGUGUGAAGUGCUAAAGCGGGACGCAGAGGACACUGUACGGGACACGCAGAAUACGCAGGGACCGUGUGCCUGACGAAUGAGGAGCUGAGCUCGAGCCGUAUCCGUGUCCGGUUCGUGAGAACUCGGUGACGUCAGAGCUCUCGCGAGAUCCUGCCUGGAGAGGCAACGCAGUGUCUGAGGAGGAGGAGGCCAGAGAGACAUGAUGAUGAUGGAGCCGCCGUUACCGCCUGCCCAGGAGCCGCAGCAGACGAGCGGAAUCCGUGAGGACGACCAAGAGAAAAGUCCGAGCCGGACCAGCGGCGGGAGUCACGGGGCAGCCAGUGAGGCACCCGCGGAGCUAAGCAAAUCUGCCAGGGGCUUGGUCAGGAUGUGCGACCUGCUGCUGAAGAAGAAGCAACAGCGCCAGCGGAGACAGCAGGGAGCUGGGGCCUUGCCGGCCUCACCCACCGGGGCCGGGCCUCCGGGGAGAAGCCGCAGGCAGAAGCGGAGCCGGAGCAGCCGCACGGCCAGCAGCAGCGACACCGACAAGAGCAGCGAGAGCGGCGGCAGCAGCAGCCAAGACGACGACGACGAGGAAGAGGUGUCCGAGGUGGAGUCUUUCAUUUUGGACCAAGAUGAUUUGGAGAACCCUAUGCUGGAGACCGCAUCCAAGCUCCUUCUGUCCGGCACAGCCGAUGGAACAGAUUUAAGAACAGUAGAUCCUGAGACGCAGGCUAGAUUAGAGGCCCUCUUGGAAGCUGCAGGAAUUGGUAAAUUAUCCACUGCUGAUGGUAAAGCGUUCGCAGAUCCUGAAGUGCUUCGCAGAUUGACGUCCUCGGUCAGCUGUGCGUUGGAUGAAGCUGCUGCUGCACUUACAAGAAUGAGAGCUGAGAGCACCUCAAAUGCAGGGCAGACGGACAACCGCAGUUUAGCAGAAGCUUGCUCUGAAGGAGAUGUUAAUGCUGUGAGGAAAUUGCUAAUUGAAGGCCGCAGUGUUAAUGAGCACACAGAGGAAGGGGAGUCCCUCCUUUGCCUUGCCUGUUCCGCUGGAUAUUAUGAACUUGCACAGGUUCUUUUGGCUAUGCAUGCUAAUGUAGAAGAUCGGGGUAUAAAAGGAGACAUUACGCCUUUAAUGGCUGCUGCUAAUGGGGGACAUGUGGAAAUUGUGAAGCUGCUCCUAGCUCAUGAUGCUGAUGUGAAUUCCCAGUCAUCCACAGGAAACACAGCACUUACCUAUGCAUGUGCCGGCGGCUAUGUAGAUGUUGUAAAGGUGCUGCUGGAAUCGGGUGCUAGCAUUGAGGACCACAAUGAAAAUGGUCACACUCCUCUCAUGGAGGCAGGGAGUGCUGGGCAUGUGGAAGUGGCCAGAGUCCUUCUGGAGAAUGGAGCUGGAAUUAAUACUCAUUCCAAUGAAUUUAAAGAGAGUGCACUUACUUUAGCAUGCUAUAAAGGACACUUGGAAAUGGUGAGAUUUUUAUUGGAGGCUGGGGCUGACCAAGAGCAUAAAACAGAUGAGAUGCACACUGCCUUAAUGGAAGCUUGCAUGGAUGGCCAUGUAGAGGUGGCUCGACUGCUGCUAGAUAGUGGAGCUCAGGUGAAUAUGCCAGCAGAUUCGUUUGAGUCUCCACUAACGCUGGCGGCUUGUGGUGGCCACGUGGAGCUGGCAGCGUUACUUAUAGAGCGAGGUGCCAAUCUAGAGGAGGUAAAUGAUGAAGGCUAUACACCUCUCAUGGAAGCUGCACGGGAAGGACAUGAAGAAAUGGUGGCAUUAUUACUCGGGCAGGGAGCAAACAUCAAUGCUCAGACUGAAGAGACUCAAGAAACUGCCCUAACUCUGGCCUGUUGUGGAGGCUUUCUAGAAGUGGCAGACUUCCUCAUUAAAGCGGGUGCCGAUAUUGAGCUUGGGUGUUCUACGCCUUUGAUGGAAGCUGCACAAGAAGGUCACCUAGAGCUGGUCAAAUACCUGCUUGCUGCUGGAGCGAAUGUACACGCAACAACUGCAACGGGUGAUACAGCUCUAACGUAUGCUUGUGAAAAUGGGCAUACUGAUGUGGCAGAUGUGCUGCUUCAGGCUGGUGCAGAUUUGGAACAUGAAUCUGAAGGAGGUCGGACCCCGCUGAUGAAGGCUGCAAGAGCUGGUCAUGUCUGUACUGUCCAGUUUCUCAUUAGCAAAGGCGCCAAUGUGAAUCGCACAACGUUGAAUAAUGACCAUACUGUCCUGUCUCUUGCGUGUGCUGGAGGACAUCUAGCAGUGGUUGAGUUGCUUUUAGCUCAUGGGGCUGAUCCAACGCACAGGUUAAAGGAUGGCUCCACAAUGCUAAUUGAAGCUGCCAAAGGAGGUCACACCAGUGUAGUUUGCUACCUAUUGGAUUAUCCUAAUAACCUUCUCUCUGCUCCCCCACCCGACGUUACACAGUUCACCCCUCCCUCCCAUGACUUGAAUCGGGCUCCCCGUGUUCCAAUGCAGGCACUGCCAAUGGUUGUACCACCUCAGGAGCCAGACAAGCCUCCUGCAAAUGUUGCUACAAACCUUCCUAUCCGAAAUAAAGCUGCAUCUAAGCAGAAGUCCAGUGGCCAUGUGCCAGACAACGUCCAAGAUGCACAGGGAUACAUCAGCAGUCAGUCUCCAGAAAGCAUUGUGGAAGAAGCUCAGGGGAAGCUGACUGAACUGGAGCAGCGGAUCAAAGAAGCCAUUGAAAAGAAUGCACAAUUACAAUCUCUGGAGCUUGCCCAUGCCGAUCAGUUGACGAAGGAAAAAAUAGAGGAGUUGAACAAAACCCGAGAGGAGCAGAUACAAAAGAAGCAAAAAAUUCUGGAGGAGCUUCAAAAAGUAGAAAGAGAGCUGCAAUUAAAAACGCAACAGCAGCUUAAAAAGCAGUACCUGGAAGUGAAAGCCCAGAGAAUCCAACUUCAGCAGCAGCAACAGCAGCAGUCCUGCCAACAUCUAGGGCUGCUAACUCCAGUAGGGGAUGGGGAAGAGAUCACAGAGGUAGACUAUGCUCACUUACAGCAGGUUGACACCAUUCUGCUCAAACAGGACUCCCAGCAGAAUGCAGUACCUAUGGGCUUUACCCCCAUGCAGCCGUUGGCAAUGCCUCAAACUCUGCCAUUGCCAGCAGGUACAUUAUCCCCAGGGCCCAUUGCAAAUCUUGCAGACCUCCAAGGAGUUAUUGUGGGACAGCAAGAAUUGGGUCAAGCACAGCUGACAGGGCUUGGGCAAAGUGUCCUGGCAGAAACACAAGAAGGGUUAAUGAUAGCCAGUCCUGCUCAGACCCUCACUGACACGCUGGAUGACAUCAUGGCAGCAGUGAGUGGAAGAACGUCUGCAAUCUCAAACACUCCUACCCACAGCAUUGCAACUUCCAUAUCCCAACCUCAGACGCCAACUCCAAGUCCCAUUAUAUCUCCUUCAGCCAUGCUACCAAUCUACCCUUCCAUAGAUAUUGAUGCACAGACUGAAAGUAAUCAUGAUACUGCUUUAACACUUGCCUGUGCUGGUGGACAUGAAGAGCUUGUGCAGACGCUUCUGGAAAGGGGAGCAAACAUUGAACACCGAGAUAAAAAAGGUUUUACACCACUUAUCUUGGCAGCAACUGCUGGUCAUGUUGGCGUGGUUGAAAUUUUGCUGGACAAUGGUGCUGACAUAGAAGCUCAGUCUGAAAGGACCAAAGACACCCCAUUAUCAUUGGCCUGCUCUGGUGGCAGACAAGAGGUGGUUGAGCUGCUGUUGGCUCGUGGAGCGAAUAAAGAGCAUAGAAAUGUUUCAGACUAUACCCCUCUGAGCCUGGCUGCCUCCGGUGGAUAUGUUAACAUCAUCAAAAUCUUGUUGAAUGCUGGUGCCGAAAUCAACUCCAGAACUGGUAGCAAGUUGGGAAUAUCUCCCUUGAUGUUGGCAGCCAUGAAUGGGCACACUGCUGCUGUUAAGUUGCUCUUGGAUAUGGGUUCAGACAUCAACGCACAGAUAGAAACCAAUCGAAACACAGCACUUACUCUGGCCUGCUUCCAGGGAAGAACUGAAGUGGUCAGCUUGCUGCUCGACAGGAAAGCGAAUGUGGAGCAUCGAGCUAAGACUGGCCUAACGCCAUUAAUGGAAGCUGCAUCUGGCGGUUAUGCAGAAGUAGGCCGGGUUCUUCUCGACAAAGGUGCAGACGUUAAUGCCCCCCCUGUGCCAUCGUCAAGGGAUACAGCUUUAACCAUUGCUGCGGACAAGGGCCAUUACAAGUUUUGUGAGCUACUUAUCAGCAGGGGAGCUCACAUUGAUGUGCGGAACAAGAAGGGGAAUACUCCGCUCUGGCUGGCAGCAAAUGGAGGUCAUUUGGAUGUUGUACAGCUGCUUGUCCAAGCUGGAGCAGAUGUUGAUGCAGCAGACAACAGAAAAAUAACCCCAUUAAUGGCUGCUUUUAGAAAGGGUCACGUUAAAGUGGUGCGUUACCUUGUCAAAGAGGUAAACCAGUUCCCAUCAGAUUCCGAGUGCAUGAGAUAUAUAGCAACGAUUACAGAUAAGGAGAUGUUAAAGAAGUGCCACCUCUGUAUGGAAUCAAUUGUACAAGCCAAAGACAGGCAAGCUGCUGAAGCUAACAAGAAUGCAAGUAUCCUCUUGGAGGAGCUGGAUCUAGAGAAGCUAAGAGAGGAAAGCAGAAGAUUAGCUUUGGCAGCAAAGCGAGAGAAACGCAAGGAAAAGCGGAGGAAGAAGAAAGAAGAGCAAAGAAGGAAACUUGAAGAAAUUGAGGCUAAAAAUAAAGAAAACUUUGAGCUCCAAGCCGCACUUGAGAGAGAAAAGCAAAAGGUUGAAGAUGAGCCCCAAGUGUUAACAGAACCACCUAGCGCAACAACCACCACCACUAUUGGGAUCUCUGCUACAUGGACCACGCUGGCAGGCUCACAUGGAAAAAGGAAUAAUACUAUAACCACGAACAGCACGAAAAGGAAAAGCCGAAAGAAUAAAAUUGCAGAAAAUGUGCAGAUAAUCUUUGAGGACCAGCUCCCCAUAUCAUAUGGACAACAGGAAAAGUUAAAUGGAGAGUCCAAAAGUAGCAGCACUUCUGAAAGUGGAGACAGCGACAACAUGAGGAUCUCAAGCUGCAGCGAUGAAAGCAGUAACAGCAGCAAUAAGAGCGACAAUCAUUCUUCUACUAAUGAUGGAAGUCUGCAGAGCAAGAAGAAGCCGUCUGUCUUAGUGUCCUCCCCAAAGGAAGAAAGAAAAUUACCUUCUAAAACUUCAGUAAAGUUAUCCGAAUCUACAGUCGAAACAAGCAAUUCAUUGUCCACAAGCAGUAAGACGGGGCCUUCUCCACUAUCAUCUCCUAAUGGUAAAUUAACUAUUGCCAGUCCAAAAAGAGGACAGAAGAGGGAAGAAGGGUGGAAAGAAGUGGUCAGAAGGUCAAAGAAAGUCUCUGUACCAUCAACAGUCAUUUCAAGAGUGAUUGGCAGGGGUGGCUGUAAUAUCAAUGCUAUCAGAGAGUUCACCGGAGCCCACAUUGAUAUAGACAAGCAGAAGGACAAAACUGGUGAUCGAAUCAUAACGAUCAGGGGAGGAACAGAAUCCACCAGACAAGCAACACAUCUGAUUAAUGCACUUAUUAAAGAUCCCGAUAAAGAAAUAGAUGAACUGAUCCCAAAAAAUCGCCUAAAAAGCUCCCUGACAAAUUCAAAAUCGUAUACCACUCUAUCCUCUAACAGUUCAGUUAUGGGAAUCAAAGUUACAGCUGUCACAGUUUCUUCAUCACAAGCUGCCUCUGCCCUCACGGUGCCAGCUAUUACUUCAGCGUCUGCUCACAAACCCCUGAAAAAUCCAGUGAAUAAUGUGCGACCAGGAUUUCCAGUAUCUCUACCUUUGGCUUACCCUCCUCCACAGUUUGCUCAUGCUUUACUUGCUGCUCAGACUUUCCAGCAGAUCCGUCCUCCACGGUUACCUAUGACACACUUUGGAGGACCAUUUCCCCCAGCCCAGUCUACCUGGGGCCCCUUUCCUGUCAGGCCUCUAAGUCCUGCACGAGCUAUCAACUCUCCUAAAUCUCACGUGAUGCCUCGCCAUACUAACCAGAAUAUCAGUAGCCCUCAGGUGAUCCCAGGAGUUCCUUCAUCAUCUAGCCCAUCAGCUACCACAAACUCUGCGGCUUCAGUGCCUGUUUCAUCUACAAAUGGGAGCCUCAGUUCACCUUCAGUCAGGAGACAGCUUUUUGUCACAGUGGUCAAGACCUCGAAUGCUACUACAACCACAGUUACGACAACUGCAAGCAAUCACAUCACCACACCAACAGCCUCAACCUGCCCUGUUCCCACUGCCAAAGAACAUCAUCCUAUGUCAUCACCUUCAUCACCCUCCCCACCAUCCUUGCCUGGAGGGGGGUCUAGAAGCAGCCCCUCUGAUUGCCUGACAUGUUCUCCAAACAAAGGGACCUCACUUUCCACUGACCAGGAUUUGGUUAUCCAACCUGUCAUGGAGAUAACUAGCUCAGGCAACAGUAAGCAAGCGAGCUCUACCUCUGGGAGUACCACGAUGCACUCUGCUCACCCACACCCUCCAGUGUCUGUUUCACAGGAUUCCCGACCUUCACUAAUCCAGACGACACAAGUUCCUCCUCCUCCAGACCCAAGAAUGGCAUCAUCUCUCAACUUGUCAGUCAGUGGUCCCACUCACCAGCCUGCUAAUAUCCCUGCAUCCUACUCCCUGACCCAGUCCUCUAUAGUGUCUACGCCUUCUGCUGCUAAAAUCGAAUCCCCUGCAGUUAGAUCUCACCUACAUGGAACAAACCCUGCACAUAAGAACCAAGUCCCAGUUCAAAAUUCUCCUGUGCCAGGCAUUGUUCCUCAUCCAAAUCUGAAGCGACCCCAAAGUGUACCUUCAGGUCCACAUCCUUCCAAUCUAAGUACACAAAGUGCUGCUCAGAGUUCCAGUCAUCCUUCAGCUAAGCCUCUGGCUCCCAAUUACAAUUCUCCUCUACCCUAUAGCCCCUUUAGCACCCUCUUUGAAAACAAUCCAAAUCCUACUCAUCCUUUCUGGGGUGGAUCUAUGGUCUCCUCACAGUCUGCUUCAGAUUCCAUUCUUUCCACACAGUCUUCAUAUUUGCCAAAUCCAGAGUCUAUGCUUCCAUCUGAUACUUCCAAAGCCCCAGGUUUCAGGCCACCAAUGCAAAGGCCAGCUCUAAGUCAGUCAGGUAUUGUGAACAUGGAUUCCUCUUACACUUCCGUGGCAUCAUCCACUACUCAUUUGUGUACCUUUGCUUCUAACAUCUCUGGAAGUCAGAUGUAUGUACCUGGAGGAACACCCACCGCUGCUAAUUUCAACAGACAACAUUUUUCUCCUCUUAGUUUAUUGACCCCCUGUUCAUCAGCAUCUAGUGAUUCUUCAGCUCAGGCUGUGUCUACUGGCGUUCGAGCACAGUCUCCUUCACCUUCGGGAGGCCCUAUGGUGUCUGAGAAACCUAAUUGUGUGCCUCAUAAGGUCCCUGUGCCAAUUGGAACAGAGCGAUCAGCCCGUAUACGGCAGACUGGGACGUCUACACCAUCGGUAAUUGGGAGUAACUUGGCAACAUCCGUUGGGCACAGUGGAAUAUGGUCUUUUGAAGGAAUGGGAGGCAGUCAAGAUAAAGCAUCAGACUGGUGCCACACGGGCAUGGGAAAUCACAUGAUGCACAGGCCCAUGUCUGACCCUGGAGUGUUUUCACAGCAUCAAGGAAUAGAGCGAGAUACAUCUGGCAUUGUAACUGCUUCAGGAGCAUUCCAUCAACAUGUGCCUACCGGCUACAUGGACUUUCCAAAAGUUGGGGGCAUGCCAUUCUCCAUGUACGGAAAUGCAAUGAUUCCUUCUGUGGCUCCAAUGCCAGAUGGCACUGGGGGACCGAUUUUCAAUGGACCUCAUGCUGCUGACCCCUCUUGGAAUUCACUGAUAAAGAUGGUUUCAAACUCCACAGAGAAUGGGCCUCAAACAGUAUGGACUGGAACCUGGAAUCCCCACAUGAACAGUGUACACAUGAACCAGAUGGGUUGAUCUGAACGCCCUUGUUAGCAUGGAAAAUCCUUCAGCGAGUAGGGAAAAUAAAGCCCAAUACCUUCAUACCACAGAGGCAAAAAGAGACGACAUACUCCCAGAUCAUUCUACUGAUGUGCUUGACUGAAGUGUAGGCUUUUUGCAGAUGAACUUACUAACUGACCUUUUUCUGUGACUGUUGUGACCACCCAGUUCUCAUUACCACAAAUUUCACUAUAGUUAGCCCUCUCCCACCUUUAUUUUAUUUUCCUUUUCUUUUACUCCCCCCCCCCUUUUCUUUGUUUAUGGACAUAACGUUAUUUUCCUUGAAGCUGUUUGGCUGGUUGGUUUUAGUACUGUAAACUGCUUCUGAGCAAACACAGAAAAAAAAUUAGCAAAAUUAUGUAACUGAUUCUGAAGUUUUAGAAUGGCAAAUAAAUGUACAAUUGUUUACAUAAGAGAAAUGGCUAAGCAGAGAAUUCAGUAUGUCAGUAUAGAGGCUCUACAUUACGUAGACUUAAAUUAAUGUGAGAUGUACCUUCAUAUUCAGAAAUCUGGAUGUUUCCUUCAUACAUUAAACUAUUAAUAAGCAUA